UUGAUUAUGUGUGUGCUACUUAAAACGAAUUGAACAAGACAGGCCGGUUUUAUAUUUGUAAGAAAUAUACGCGCUCUGAAAUGUAUUUAAAAGUUUGAAGUCAGUUAAAAAAAAAUUUUUUUUAUUACUAAAUUUAAUUUAACGUUGAUUUUUUUGCAAAAAAGAUCUGGGGAGUUGAUGAUAAUAUGUUGUUUUUCAACCUAAGCGAAAUCAUGUGAUGUAGGAGAAUCGUACUAGAUCAGAAAAGUCGGGAAAAGAGUUACCAAUACGGAGCACAUUUUUUUAACAUUCUGAGAAAAUGAUUCCGCUUAGAGUGGGAAUAUGUAUAGUGGACUACACCAGAAAUAAACUUCAAUUGCCUCACUUGCUUGAAAAACUUUGUGAUGAUGGAAGUAUGGAAUUUAUUGUCAUUGAUAUGAAUAAGAGUUUGACUGAACAAGGUCCGUUUGAUGUCAUUAUCCAAAAGGUUUUGGAAUGGUACAACGUUGGCGAAGAACAAGGAAAUGCGAAGUUACGGAAACUUGUCAGUUAUGUCCGUUCUCACCAAUCAAUUAAAAUGCUUGACCCUAUAGAAGAAACAGUCCGAUUGGCUGAUAGAUUUUACUCCAUGGAAGUCAUGAGAGACUGUCAAUUCACAAUGAAAGGAAUACAGGUUUUUGUUCCAAAAUAUAUAUUUCUUGAUGAUUCUAAUGUUAAAAACGCUUUAGAUGUGAUUGCUGCGGGUGGCAUUAAGUUUCCUAUCAUAACUAAGCCCCCUGUCACUCGAUGUGAUGCUGAAGCUCAUGAUAUGUCGAUUAUUUUUUCUGAAAGGCGCGCAUGUGAUAUUGUUGCUCCCUGUGUGAUUCAAGAGUUUGUUAACCACGGCAGUAUGUUGUACAAGGUUGCAGCUGUUGGUGAUAAAAUGUACAUAUGCGAAAGGCCUUCUGUAAAAAAUUUAGUAGGUGGCAUUGAGCCUACUGUUUAUUUUGAUAGCAUGACAGUUUCAAAACGCGAUAUUCACAAUGAAGAUUUGCAUGAACAAAACCCUCAAACAAUGAAGUUUCGUACAACUGCAGGUUCUUGUAAACAUUUACUUGAUAGCGAAAUCGUUACUGAGUUAUUGCGCCACAUCAGCAACAGAGUCAAUCUUAAUUUAUUCGGUAUAGACAUUAUAAUAGAAGAAAGAACGGGUAACUAUGGCAUUAUUGACCUUAAUUAUCUCCCAAGUUACGAUGGCGUUUUAGAAUAUUUUGCCGCUGACUUGUACAGUAAGCUUAAAGUUAUUGACAAAGAGCGACUUUUUAAAUGUAAUUCACAGAACGGAACAAUACACUCUACCAAUAAUGGUAUAAGUGAACUUACGUCUGAUAUAAAAACUGUUCUUUAGUUGUAAUUGUAAGUUUAUUCUGUUCAUUUUUUUUUUAUUUUUGAUGAUUCUGACGACAUAAUAUUAAGCGGAAAAUGUUAUUUAA